AUGUCGAAGGACUACGACACACUGGAUAAAGCUCUGGAGCUGGCGGAACAGUUCGAGCUAUCCCAGGCUAGCGCGAAGAAGGCGCCGGGCGGUGUGGAUGUAGCAGGCAUCAGUGGUGGGCUGAGGCGGAGCGGCGGCCAAAAUCGUCAACGCGGAAAUCGUCGUGGUAUGGGACAGAGAGCGCGUGGCGGCGGAGCAGGCCAGGCCGCGGCGAGCAGUGGUGCGAAGUGCUACGGCUGCGGCAAUUCGGGCCACGUCCGGGCAGACUGUUGGGCGAAAGAUGUCACCUGCCGCAAUUGUAACAAGAAAGGUCACAUUGCGAAGAUUUGCACUGCGCCCAGACAGAACCAGCAGCGUGGAGACGGACGACGCACAAUGCUAGUCGAAGAAGAGUUCGACGUGUUGGCAGUGGAAGCUGCUGGCAGCCAGUCCAUACGCAUACCGCUGAAGUUGAACGGCACGCUAGUGUCAGCAGUGCUGGAUACGGGAUCGGGCGUUACCAUCGUCACGGCGGAGACGUGGAGGAGGAUUGGUUCGCCGCGACUGUCACCGUAUACGCAGCCGCUGAGGAGUUUCACUGGCCAUGCGCUGACAGUGAUCGGAACCGCCACAGUGGACGUACAACGCGCUAGUGUACGGAAGCAGUUGCCGGUGGUGGUAGUGGGCCGUGGUGGCGAUGUGAUCGGCCGCGACUGGAUACGCGCCUUGGAUUUGAGCCACAUGAGCCUACGCGACCUGCAGGCCAGUGCAGUGUACAGCGUAGCCAGCAGUCUUGAGGAAGUCCUCGACCGGCACAAGGAAGUGUUUCGCGAUGAGUUGGGUCACUGCAAGCGGUAUAAGGCGCGUCUCCAUUUGAAAUCGGGGGCACGGCCAGUGUUCUGCAAACCCCGUACAGUGCCUUUCGCGUUCAGAGAGGCGGUCGAGAAGGACCUGGAGCGUUUGGUGGAGCGCGGCAUACUCACUCCAGUCGAACACGCCGAUUGGGCGGCGCCCAUUGUGGGGACGCUGAAGAGGGCUGGAGAUGUGCGAACGUGUGCCGAUCUAAGCACUGGUCUGAACGACUCGUUAGACGUUCAGAAGUAUCCGCUCCCAACGCCUGACGAAUUAUUCGCCAAGUUAAACGGCGGAGAGAAAUUCAGUACCCUGGAUCUCGCCGAGGCGUAUGCCCAAGUGGAACUGGACGACGACAGUAAACAGCUUGUGGUGAUUAAUACACACAAGGGACUGUUUCGGUAUAACCGACUGCCGUUCGGCGUCGCCAGUGGGCCCAGCAUAUUCCAGCAAAUCAUGGAGCAGAUUCUCCAUGGUUGCGAAGGCGUGGCCAUAUACCUGGACGAUAUCAUCGUCACCGGCGCCACGGAUGAAGAGCACCUGCGAAACCUCGAAAAGGUCAUGGCGCGGUUGACAGAACACGGACUGACGCUGAAGCGCAGCAAGUGUCAUUUCAUGCAGCUGUCUGUGGAGUAUUUGGGCUUCAUCGUGGACAGUCGUGGCCGCCACAUUUCGAGAAAUCGUGUGAAGGCGUUGCUGGAUAUGGGUCCGCCGAAGAACGUAAGUGAACUGCGCGCAUUUCUCGGCAUGGUCAACCAUUAUGCCAAAUUCGUAAAGAAUCUGUCAGCGAAGUGCCAUGUAUUCCACAACCUCCUGAAAGCUGACGUGACCUGGGCGUGGUCAAAACAAUGCGAAGAGCAGUUUGCGGAGCUGAAGCAGGAGAUUGCCCGAGCCACGUUCUUGGUGCAUUACGACCCGGCGAUGCCGCUGAUUGUAGCAGCCGACGCAUCGCAGUACGGCAUUGGAGCGGUGCUGUGUCAUCGGUUCCCGGACGGUACGGAAAGACCGAUUGCGCACGCAUCCCGGAGCCUUAACGCCGCCGAGACCAGAUAUGGGCAGAUUGAGAAGGAAGCUCUCGCCCUGGUCUUCGGGUGCAAGAAAUUCCACCAGUAUAUUGCUGGGAGGGAAUUCACCCUGCUGACGGACCACAAGCCGCUGCUGAGCGUGUUUGGAGGCCGAAAAGGGAUACCGGUGGUGACCGCGAACCGCCUUCAGCGCUGGGCGUUGAUGCUGAUGGCGUACAGUUUUGCCAUCGAGUAUAGGCGAACAGAAGAGUUUGGCCAGGCGGACGGGUUAAGCAGAUUACCACUGCAUUCCACGGAGCUGACCGAGUUGGGUAACCUGGGAAUGGACAGCAUAGUCAAUGCUGUGCACACGGAGAACGCGGGACGGUUACCAGUGUCGGUAGAAACUGUGGCAAAGGAGACUUGCGCCGAUGCGGAGCUCAGCAUCGUUCUGGAUUACGUCCAGACUGGAUGGCCGAGCGUCGUGAGAGAAGGGCUGCGACCGUAUAAGCGGCUAGAAAGUGAACUGGUGACAGUGAACGGGUGUCUGUGCUGGGGCACCCGGACGGUGAUUCCGAAGAAGCUGCAAGCGCAGAUACUGUCGUACCUGCAUGAAAGCCACCUUGGAGCGGCAAAGAUGAAGGGUGAAGCCCGCGGGUACUGUUGGUGGCCGUCCAUGGACCGGGACGUGGAGCGGGUGUCCAAAGCGUGCCGUAUAUGCACUGAACGUGCUGGAGAAACGGCGAAGGUCCCGCUGUCACAGUGGCCAGUGCCCGUCGGACCAUGGAGACGACUCCAUGUUGACUUCGCCGGACCGUUCCAUGGCACGAUGUUGUUCGUCGUGGUCGACGGCAUGUCCAAGUGGCCGGAAGUGGUCUCGAUGCGACAUGCAACCACGGACGCAGUGAUUGAGGCUUUGCUGGACAUGUUCAGCCACUACGGGCCAUGUACUGAGAUAGUGUCAGACAACGGCACACAGUUCACGUCCGAGCAGUUCAGCGAAUUCUGCCAGCAAUACGGCAUUAGGCAUUUUCGGACGCCACCGGGACAUCCCCAAUCGAAUGGCCAAGCGGAACGCUACGUCCAGACGGUGAAGGACGGCGUCUCCAAGCUCAUGGCCGACCAAAAGCGCCUGCCGGUUGCGCUGAGGAGUUCCUCUGGCGCUACCAUGCGCUCGACGCUGGAUCUGCUAGUCCCUGUGCUGCUGACCACGGCAGAAAAGAACAGGGAGCGCCACCGCCGAAACUUCGACCAGCACACAAGGAAGAAAGACUUCCGGUUGGGUGAUUUGGUCCUGGUGCGAGACUAUCGCCCAAGCCGUGCAGUGGACUGGAUCAGUGGCAAGCUGAUUAAGCGCGAAAGCCGGCUGAUUUGGGAGGUGCAAGUGAGCGAUCUGCUGUGGAGGCGACAUGCAAACCAAAUACGCCCUCGAUUUUGGUUGGAGACGCCGGAACACACGGAAGCAGAUACCGGGAAUGGUCAAACGGCCGUGGAGACAUCGGUAACAUUUCCUCCGACGAAAGUAAUGGAGAAGACGGUCUCGCCUGCCAGAGCGCGCACGCCGACGUCACCAACGCAGCCGCAAUCGGAGGUUAAACCACAGCCCGAGGUGAUGGUACAGCCGGAAGUGAAGCCAACUUUUCCGCCCAUCACACAGGAACUGACGCUGACGGCACCAGUCGCGCCGCCAAAGGUACAGCCGACAGUUCUACCAUCCGGUAAGGUGAAACCACCGAAAGCUGCGAAGCCUGCACAGCCACCGGAGGAAUUACGCAGAACUGGAAGAACGAACGCCGGAAAAGCCCCAAAACUGUUGAUAAAUGAAAUGUAA